UGUUACGUCCUGAACGAUGUCUCGAUGCUUUCCUUAUCCUCCACCUGGGUAUGAGAGGAAGAACGGUGCCGACGCUCUAACUGAAUCGAUUAAGGUUUGUUGAGCAUUCAUGCAGUGUUGAUUUUUGCGUUUAUGCUCGACUGCUUUUUUCGGUUCGCAAACGUGAUUGGAAUCGAAUCUCGGCUAUCCUUUUUGUACACUGAAUAUAUGAUUUGCAAUUGGUUAAUUAUGUAAUGGAUGAUCUACAUAGAUGUGUGUUUUUGAACUCAGGAGGACAAUGAAGAUCUUACUUCCUACCCAUUUAUUUUUGGCCUUUGCGGAGUAUGUACAGACUUCAGGAUGGUUUUCUUUCAACAUCUCUUAAAAUAGAGAAAAUAAAAAAACAAGGAUGAUUUUGGUUAAGGGAGAGUGUGCUUUAUCUGUAGAGCUUGAGAUGUGUGGUUAUUUGAAUCGGUUGCAUAUGAUACUAAAGUUCGGGAUCUUUUGGCUCAUUGUUGGGGCCUUUUAUUUCUACAUGUUUUUAUCCUUGUGCAUAAGUUAUAGAAGUUUAUUUAAGACAAAGGAAAAUCAAUAUAAGGUUUCUUUCAUGAUUAUAUAAUGUUAAUUACAAGAUAAAACUUAAGAGCUAUGCUAUUGCGUUUAUUAGAAUAUUAAUUUUAAGGCAAUUUGAUACCCUGUUCUUGUUGCUGAAGUGGGCAUGUUCAUUGCUUAAUAAACGUUCAACAUGCCUUGUUUCAUAUAUUUGAGUAGGAUUCUUCCUACCUACACUUUCUGUUGUACUACCAUUUUAUACUUCAAUCGAAGUGAUUUUGAUGGCACAUUAUGAUGUUGUCCAAGCUUUAUUCAUUGGUAUCUACUAUUUGUCUGGUUCAAGGGUGUGAAUUAAGUCAGUCCCAUUAACAUGCCACAUGGGAACCAACCAACCAAGUUUUUUGACAUGCAACCAUAUCCAGACUUUUAUGUUCUGAGUACUUGCUGUAUCUCACGGCAUUAUGUCAAUUUUGUUACCAAGGGUUGCUUGUAAUACUGCAACUCCAAGGUUCCCCAAUGAGUUACUUGUCAAUUCUCUGUGUAAUCAAAAGAUGAUCUUACUUUGGCCCUAUUACAGAGUGUAAACAGGCAUAUGUGUAACAAUUACUUGCUGUUUCUUGUUUAUAGCAUUGUCGGAAACUUAGCUUAAUAUCAAAGUCAGGUGGCUCUGGGAACUUCAUGAAUAGAGCCGCAACUUUUGGCAAGGCAUUGUUUUGGAUGUUUAUGUUAUUUGAAAUGCCAGUUUCAUUUUGUUGUGUAUGCCUCAGGUUCAUGUAUUAAUGUAUCAUUUAUUAUAAAUGAGUUGCAGGUUCUGGUUAGCAUGCCUGAGAAAGCAUUACACUAGCUUUCUUUUCAGUUUCAGGUUUAUAUUUUUGAUAUUGGGUGUGAUUGCUUUAAUUUGACUUUGUGAAUACAAACAGGAUUUGUGCAACUGGAGGUGCAUGCAGAGAGAAAAGGACAAGGCUAAGAAAGAAAGAAGGAAAGAGAAGAAGAGAGAAAAGAAAGAAAAGAAGGAGAAAGACAGAACCAGGGACAAGGGGGAGGUUGGGAAGAAGCAUAAUGACGAAAAGAAGCACAAGAAGAGCAAAGUAGAUCAGAAGGGGGGAGAGCAUCCGAAGAACAUUCAAGAUGACAGCGAACAGUUGGAGAAGAGUGUCCUUACUGAAGAUCAUGGACAGGCUGCUGUUUCUCAGAACGUCUAUGACUCUUCUGACAGCACCGGGAACAGCCACAAGAGAAAAAGGCUUAGCUCGCCCUCUGAUGGCAGCCAAAACAACGGGAGCAUUCUGCGAAUUAGGUUGCCCUUGAUGAAACACAAGGAGCCAGAAGCAUUACCCAGCAAGGCAGUUUCUUCUUGUAAUUCUAUAGGGUCUGAUGUUGUUGCACAAGGGAGGUGUGAAGUUACUCAUAGAUCCGGAAAUGAGCAAGCUUGUUCUUCUUCGUGUAGAAUCGAGACUGCUACUGCUGUGCAAAAUAGUCAUGUGAAGGCUUCAAGUUCCAGUAUAGAACUGCCAUGCUCCACUUCCAGCAUUGGAAUUGUUGCCCAGGACAAGGCCCCAUCUUCUACAUGCGGCGUCCCUAAAAGAGAUAAAAUAAAAAAAGAAUUACAAAAAUACAGGGACCUGGUUGAGAAUUGGGUGCCACCACCUAUUCAGAGAGAGUAUGCCGAGUUUGAUGAUCAAGACUGGCUCUUUGAAGUGAAGCCCCAUGGCAGGCACGAGGCAAAGAGAGUAAAGGUUGAUAGUGAUAGUUUGUGUCGUGGAAGCUCAGAUCUAUGGCCGCAGGCCUGUUACUUGCCGGAGGUGGAUGUAUAUGCAUUGCCAUAUACAGUUCCUUUUUGAGGUUUUUUGAUUUUGGCCAGAUGGUGGAGACGAAUUGUUGGCGAUUGGGGUUUCUAUAUUGUCAACAUCUGGGUGGUUUUACACCAGUACAGCGCCAUGCGCAUAGCUCCAGCCUCUCCAGCUCGUUAUCGUUACAGUUUUUGGGCAGAGGUGAUGUUGAGGAUUGGGAAGGAAUGGGAGGGGGCGGACUGUUUGCUUGUAGAAAGAGCAAAUUCAUCUUCUUCCAAUUGAUACCAGGGAAAAGAAAGAUCAAAUUCAUGUUAUACACUGCACAAGCACAACUCGUUCUUUAUGUCAUCAGUAUAUAAAGCAAAUUAAAUAUUCAAUUUGCAGCUUCAAUGAUGUUUUUGUGCUGCAUGCGUCGUAGUA